AUGCUGAAACAAAACGAAAUGCAAUUAAACAUUAAAAAAGACAAAGAGAAAGCAGAGAAAGAAAAGGAUUAUGAUCUAGUCAAAAUAUUGUUGCAAAACUUCCAAGUCUUUAACGAAGUAGAGGAGAAAAAAAACGCUGAGCGACGGCAAAAGAUGAUCUUCUAUGGAAAAAGAGUUAAAAAUGUCGAUCGACCAGAAAACAGAUCUGAGACAAAGACAGAAAAAGAUUGCGAUGAACGAAUUUUCGGAGGCUGUUAA